AUGGAUGUUAAACUGCAUUCAGAAACAAAACUGCUUAUUUCACGCAAAACAGUAAUUUCAAUAAGAAAAAGAGAUGCUAAAUCUGAUUUUGUUUUUUCUGACCUCAAACAUUUUGUGUGUCUUGGGAACAAAUCUAAUUCAUGUUCCUUGCGAUGACAAGAUUGUGGGGAAGUUGUCGCGGCUGGCUGUCACAUACAUAAAUGAAGACAGACAAACAGGCUACAAAUUUGCCCUUAAUAGAAUCUCAAACAUCCAUGUUCAUCCACAGGAUCUAGCUGGAAAGGUCUAUUAUCUGGAUUUAGACAUCCUUGAGACCAAGUGCCAUGUUCUCAGUCCUAAAUCAUGGAAACAAUGUGAUAUAAGACCUUUCAUGGAAACGCAAAUAUCUGGAAACUGCAAUACCACAGUACUGCACACACCUGAUGGCUUCACUUACCUCAACAUCUAUGUCUGCACGCUGGUUCCAGACCCUCCAGAGAAGUUGCAGUUGACCUGUCCAGACUGCCCUCUGUUGCUAGAGGUAGACAGCGCAGAAGCCAUCUCUACCGCUAGAACGACCCUCCUCAAAUACAACAGACAGAGCACAUUUCCUAUCAGCCUCAGAGUGGACACCAUCGUUAGAGCCUCACAUCAGAGUUCCCCUGUUUCCACAAGUUUUGUGGAGUACACAGUUCAGGAAUGCUCCACCGCUCCAUUCCCAGAGAUUCUAUGUGAUCCAGGACAUGACGGUAAAGAGCCUGUUGGCUUUUGUGUCGGAGAGGUUAUUGGUACUGAUCACAGCCAGCAAGACGUGAAGGUCUCCUGUGAAAUAUUUCGCCCACAGGUGCAUGUUGUGACAUCAAGAAAGCAAGAGGAAAAGUCCAACACACUUUCCAAGACUCCAGCCAGUGACAUUCAUAUUCCUCACAUCCCUGCAACCUCAUUCCAAGAUGUCAUUCCGGAAACACUUCCGCUAGUUGACUCUGUGUAUCAGGUCGUCGCUACUUUGCCUGAACCAAGCCCAGGAUCAGACCCCACCCUCCCCAACUCCUCCAGUGAAUCCAGUGAGUCUGUAGAGGCUGGAUCAGACUCUUCUGAGGAAAUCAAAGGUUCUGUUCGUGUUGUUAAACCUCCACUGAACUUCCGUUAUGUGCCACGUCGUCAGAAGAGGAAGACGGCCACAGGCACCACAGCCUCUUAUACACCCAUUUUCUUGAACACAUUCCCUAGUGUCCCCUCUCCUUUCCGCACCUGUCCAGGAGUCUCACGCUACACCACUGUAUAAAGAUGCUUUAUAAGCACAAUAUCUACAACUCAAUUAAAUAUGUAAAAGAAAAUCUAAUAUAUAAGUUCUCUUAUCAGAGCUUCUCAAAAUCAAAAAAUAAAUUCAUUAUUCUAUCUUUGCAUGACACUAUAUAUCUCUUGUGUCCUCAUGGCAUAUUACUGAUAUGUUAUUUUUAGUAGAUUUAACUUUUUAGAUUAUUCUAUCAGGAAGACUCACAGACUUGAAUAAAGUUUAAGAUGACAAUUAUUUGAUGAAUAUAAAUGUAAUGUCUCUCUUUAGCAUAAGCCCCAUCUGGCGGUCUAAAUAAAUUGUACUUGGAAACAUCAGAUCCUGCCAAAGAAAUGAGGCAGGGGCGAGGAGCUUUCCCCCAUGUUGGAUGGGACUUAACUGGUGGCAGUGGGGUGGUGGAAGUUGCCAUGUUGGCACACUGAGCAGAUUUAUAAAGCGAUGGCUGAUGCAUGAUUGGCUAGGAGUUACCUAGCUCAGGGGUUUUCAAACUUUUUGAUACCAAGGACCCCCAAACACGAUGAUCCCCUUGCGAGGGACCCCUUUUCAAAAAUGUAUAUCUUUAUAUUUUAGAUAUAAAUUCCCUUUUAUACUGGGUGAAAAAAAAUAAGAAUUAUAUUAUAAAGACAAUGAGUUGUUUUAAAUUAAAUAACUGGCUGUUAUUUUGUAAUAAAAGGAAAUUAAGAAAAAUGAAAAGAAAUGAUUAAAAUAUCAUUUAAAAUCUGGAAAAUAUUACUUUGUAUUAAAUUGAGUGCAUAUCUUUUUUUAUACCCAUCAUUAGAGUACUAAUAGAUGUACAAACCUGAAGAAAUUUGAUUUUAAUUGAAUUGAGAUACAUUUAUACUUUUUAAAAAGCAGAAUGAAAGAAUAAUAUUGUUAAAUAGGGUCUUUUUUAAAAAAAAAAAAAAUUCUGUGGACCACUUAGCACCUCCUGGCGGCCCCCUUGUGGUCCCUGGACCCAAUUUUGAAAACCCCUGACCUAGCUAAUGGUGUGAUGUACAGCUGCGAGUCUUCCUGCUAGAACUACACUCUUACGCUUACAUUUAUUAUUAUAAUAAUAAUUCUAAAAUUAAUUUUAUAAAAUGUUUAUCAGAAUAUCAGCCAUGUGCAUGUCUCCAUUCAUCACAUGUACAUUUAAUAGGUUAUAUAGAACUAAAAUAAUCAAAUAAUUCUACCUUUCACUGUAAGUUUUUUUUUCUUCUAAAAUGCUUAAUGCAUUUUUCAAGAAUACACAGAGGGGCAAAUUCAAUAAACAGUGCAGCACUUUUGUGCAUGGUAUUUCAGUGUAACAAGUUGUCUUAUUCACUAAACACCCACAAUCUAGUUCAAGCAGCCACAAUUAGCGCAGAAAUACAUGUAGUGCUGAGUCUUGAGCAUUUAACUCUUUCACAGAAAAGAAUGACAAUUACUUAAUUUAAAGAAAUGCUUGUGUACAUUUUCUACCAAUCAUUGUCGUACUAAUUAAUCAAAUAAUGAUCAAAUGAUGGAGAAAAUCAUUAUAACCUGGCAUAUAUCCAGAUGUGCUGUGUUGUCAAGCACACUUGAUCACAAUAUUGGAGUGAUGUUGUACAGUCCAGAACAUGGUGGUUUGCUACAUCUUAUCCAAUAUAGCACUCAUAACCACUCUGGAACUGUGUGUGCAGAUUUGUGGCAAAAUACAGUAUAAGCCAAUUCUCUCCAGAACUUGCCAUUUGUUCCUUCAUUUGCACAGUCCUAACUCCAUUAUGUGAGGAGAGGAUGUAAUGGGGAUAUGCAAAGAUAGAGUACUCAAAUGAGAAUAUGUUUGUAAGAUGGAAUAACCUAGCUCAACUGUCACAUCAAUGCACCAUCUUUGUGCAGUUAUAUAACCUCUGUGCACUUAAAAGGGUCAUGCCACGAGGAAUAAAAAUGUCCUUGAUCUUUUGACAUAUGUUACACAUGUUACACUUUUUAUGACUACUUUUCCCCCCUGGUUUUACUCUGCUAACAAACAGCAAAGACACGGACCAUGUUGCAAAAAGGAAAGUAAAGAGAAAAAGGCAAGCGGUUUACCAUCAUUUGCUGAGGGCUUGUGUUUGCCACAUGACACGAACAUACAGAAAGGUAACAUUUCCCAGGCAAGCUAAAAAGGAUAUUUAUUGACUAAAUAUUAUACAAGUAACAUUCUCAUUUACUAUUUUCAUAUUAUAAUGUAUUUUGAGUUUAAAUGAGCUAGUAAUCUACUUCCCUGACGGAAAAGCCGUUUAGAAAAAUAAAUUUAGGUUACAAUACUAAUUAAACCAUCGUAAAAUAAUGACGAUUCUCUAAACAAGUCACCACUUACUAAAGCCAUUCCACCAGCAUGGUUGAGAACAGUUGAGCUAACCAUCCCAAGAAUUCUAAACAGAGAACGGUUUAUGAUCAUGCUGUGCUGAACUGUGCUCCAGUGGAAAUACUACUGUAACAAUACUGAAUACUGUAUGCAAUAAUUGAUAUGCAAUAAUAAGACUAUUUGUUCUUUUUUAACAUGUAUUUUGUGUACAGCUUAUAUUUAAAUUCACAUUAAAUAAGAAUUGUCUCUAG